AUGAGCGGGGCCCUCGGCUUCGAUCUCAGGGCAGAAACAGACGCCCUAAGAGCCAAGUACAUCGAGCAAGUGGAGAGCGGCUGCCCUUGUCCCCGGCUGCAGUUCGAAUUUGCUUCUUUGUUGAUUUGCUCUCCAAAUAAAAGGGACUUAAAGGACUCCGUGGACUUGCUCACGGAGCUGCUCGAAAUCGGGUUUUGCAG